CAAAAUGUUAAGGUUAAAGAUACCUCGUACAAAAAUUAAUUGUUGCUUUCAAGUUUAUAGAAAUUUUUUGUCAAAUGAAUACAAGAGUGCAUUAAAUGAUUUCGAUGUACAUUCAAUAGAAGUCAACGAUUUGAGAAGCAAAGACACGGCGGCUGGCGGCAUUAUACUGCUGGACGUGGUGAAUGGCUUUGCACAUGAUAACAGAAACAAUGAGUUCAGCGAAACAUUAUUAAGACUACGCUCACAACCGGAAAAAUCAUUAUCCUUUGAGGCAACAAAUUAUGCUAUAUUUAGAACUUUUAUUGAUAAUGGAAAUGUGGACGAAUUGGUACCCCUCAUUAAGAAUCGCCUGCAAACUGGUAUUUUCGUUGACAACUUCAUGGGUUGUUAUCUGUUGAAUUACCUAUUACAAGCGAAAAACUAUUUGGGUGCCGCGGAAGUUGGUUUGGAAAUUUUCAAACAGGAUUCAUUGGACAAUAAAUUAGUUGUGGGCUUAGUUUUGAAAGCAUUUUUUGAAUACUUAAAGGAAAAUGUUGAGCAAAUAGCUGCUCCCGUUGUUAAAGAGAAAAAACCCGCAAAAAAAUCAGAUGAAGUCAAAAUACGUGUGAAGUUUUUACGAAAUCCUGAUGAUAUAGUUGAAUUUCCGAGGGAAAUCGGAAGAUCAAUGUGCAGAAUAUCAGAACUACAACCGAAUCAACUCACAGCAAACCUACGUCUCUUAGGAUCAUUAUUAGAUAAUAGACAAACCUUUGCCGCUUCGCUUUUAGAUAAUAAGGAUACAAGGUUCUGCAAAGACACAUUAGAAUUGAGUCAAACUUUAUUGAAAAAUAAGGAAGGAGUAGAUGAGAAGCUAACAAAUAGCAUAUUACACCGUUUGGAAGAAGUUGCUGAUUCAAAAACUAUAGAUGUUUUGUUGUCAUCUUAUGUGAAAGAGGCCAAAGCGGAGGAAACUAACUUAAUAAAACAACAAGCAGAGAAAUAUGUGAUUUGGAAAGAGCAAGAUGAUUUACUAAGGAAGACAAAUGUCGAUGUUAUACCUCCUAGUCAACGGAAAGAAAAUAUUGAUAAAAUUCUAGCUGACUUGUUGCAGAAGAAGCAAAAGCUUUGGUAUUUUGAAAAUGAAGAAUUAAUUGAUUUGGAAAUAUUCAAAAAGGAUAAGAGAUAUCCCAAAAGAUGGUUUGGUAAGAAGAAGAAACCAAGAGUUGUUGACGAUAACUACGUUCCACCGGAAAUCACUAGAAAACAUGGAAAGGAAUGAAUUGGGUUUUUAAAUUCACUGUGUGAAUAUAAAAUAAAAUUUGAAAACAUUUUUGUUGUAUACACUUAC